CGUUGACAUGUAUUCGCUUGACUCUGGCUCCUCCGUCUCGUGCUGUCAGCGCUCUUCCCUCACUAAGUGUACAGUGAAUGUGUGUGCGUCGUCUGUUACCACUUGAACUUCACUGUCUACAACAGCAUUCCUCUUGCAGUGUAAUGGCAGGUUGGGCUGCUGCUGCCUCAAGGUUGACGGAGACGGACUAUGAACGCACACUCAGCCCUGCAGGGAACUAAAUCUCUACUAGUCCAGCUGUAACUCCACAUCCAAGGUCCCCGCCAAACAGCCAGCACCCAUCGGAGAUAAUGGACCCAAACUCUGACAACAAGAUGAUCUCCUGGACCAAUUUACCUUCACUCUAGAUGCUGCUGAGCCCUCUAUUCCCCAACGUCACGUCAUGGCUGGGAUUCAGCAGCUACCUGUUAGCUUGCUGACAAAUGUUUGCUGAAACCGUUCGCCUGAAGGAACAUUGAAAAAAAAGCGGCUGUCGACUGUGAGCAGUUUGAGUGUCUGUGGUUAGGUCUGUAAUCAUGGGGAAAGAACAGGAUCUGCUGGUGGCAGUGAAGACUGGAGAUCUUCUGCUGGCGCACAAACUUCUCUCCAAAGUCAAGUGCAACAAAACCAAGCUGCUGGGCUCCACCAAGAGACUCAACAUCAACUACCAAGACUUAGACGGCUUCUCAGCGCUGCACCAUGCCGCUCUGACAGGCACCACGGAGCUGCUGUCUCUGCUGCUGGAGGCCCAGGCCACGGUGGAUAUCAAGGACAUCAACGGCAUGCGUCCCCUGCACUACGCAGCGUGGCAGGGUAAAGCUGACUCUGUCUUAUUGUUGCUGAGAGCCGGAGCUUCAGUCAACUCCACCUCCCAUGAUGGACAGAUGCCGUUACAUCUCUCAGCUCAGUAUGGACACUACGAGGUGUCUGAGAUGUUGCUGCAGCACCAGUCUAAUCCCUGCCUGAUGAACAAGGCCAAGAAGACUCCUCUCGAUCUGGCCUGCGAGUUUGGGAGACUGAAGUUGGCUCAGUUGCUGCUGAGCAGUAACAUGGUUACAGCGCUGUUAGAAGGGGAGGCAGUGCACGAAAGCCUGGACACUCUAUACACCACUCCUCUCCACCUGGCAGCCAGGAAUGGACACAAAGACAUCAUCAAGUUGCUGCUGAGAGCCGGUAUUGACAUCAACAGAGCCACCAAAGCAGGGACGUCUCUGCACGAGGCUGCCCUCUAUGGCAAGACUGAAGUAGUGCGGCUGCUGCUUGAUGCGGGCAUCAAUGUGAACAUGCGCAACACGUACAACCAGACAGCUUUAGACAUCGUCAACCAGUUCACCACCUCCUCGGCCAGCAGGGAAAUCAAACAGCUGCUUAGAGAGGCAUCAAGCUCUCUGCAGGUCAGAGCGGUGAAGGACUACUGGAACCUCCACGACCCCACCGCCCUAAACCUCCGCGCUGGAGAUCUUAUUAUGGUCCUGGAGCAGCACUCAGACGGCCGCUGGAAAGGUCACAUCCAUGACACCCAGCGGGGGACGGACCGGGUGGGCUUCUUCCCCCCUUCAGUGGUGGAGGUCCUCAGCAGACGUGCAGGGGGCACUCUCUCCCGCCAAGCCUCAAUGUCCUGCCAACGACAACACUUUGCAUCCAGAGCUCCUCCCUCAAGCCACAGCCCAGCUCCUCAGACUGAUGACUCAAACACCCUUGGAUAUGAUCCUGCAGGAUCUCCAUCUGACAGUCAGCUCUCAGCCCCAGCUAGUCCUGCUAGCCCCACGCAGGACAUUUGGGUCCUCAGGAGCUCUCCCACUGGUGACAGAAGCAGCGUUGGUAGUGCAGGCAGUGUGGGCAGCAGUCGCAGCGCUGGUAGCGGCCAGAGUUCAGAGAGCGGACACAAACAGAAUGGCUUUCAAAACCGGCACCAUGCGGACAGUGGCAAGCUGGCUCCCUCUGCUGGUGAGUCAGGAGACCAUCUCCACAUUGCUGGAGCAGAACACAGCAAACAUGCAGAUGGAUCCACAGCUGGCUCCCGUCGGCAGCUCAACGGCACUCCACAGAAAAGCUUUGUGAGGCCAGAAGAGCUUCUGCAGGGCAAGGACUCUGAGGCCAUCUACCAAUGGCUGUGUGAGUUCCAGUUGGAGCAGUACACAGCCAACUUCAUCAGCGCAGGAUAUGAUGUUCCCACCAUCAGCAGGAUGACCCCAGAGGACCUGACAGCCAUCGGAGUGACCAAACCAGGCCACAGAAAGAAGAUCUCAAUGGAGAUCGGCAAGCUGAGCAUCCCUGAGUGGCUGCCUGAUUACAUUCCUUCGGACCUGGGGGAGUGGCUGAGUGUGAUUGGACUGCCUCAGUACCAGAAGAGAUUGUGUGACAAUGGCUAUGACUCCAUCACUAUCGUCAAAGACAUCACGUGGGAGGACCUGCAGGAGAUAGGCAUCACCAAGCUGGGCCAUCAGAAGAAGCUGAUGUUAGCGGUGAAGAGACUUUGUGACCUGCAGCGAUCUCGUAACCAUGCUGACAGAACUGGAUGCGGGACUCUCCAGCGGAAGCCCCCCGCCGCCCUGGAGCUGGUGGCCAUCGAACACACACCAACACACACUGUGCACACUCAUGCUCCUUAUGACGACCCCUGCCCCUCUCCUCGCUCCCCCAGGACCCUCCUCUCCUUUCAGGACAGCGAGCUGAGCGCCGAGCUGCAGAACGCUAUGAUGGGCAGGGCGGGGGGAGGAUCUGCCGAGGCGUUCGGCAUCAGGGCUGUAACCUCGGCAGCAGCUAUGUCUGCCAUGUCAGUCAGCCAGGAGAGCAUCAGCGUGCGAUCACGGGGGUCUGGGAAUUCUGGGAAUUCAAAUUCAGGAUCUUCUCAAGAUCCCCAAGCUGCAGCGUCUUCAGCCAGGAUAUCCAGCCGGUCAGAGGAGAGUCUGGGGAGCGGAGUGGGGGAGGAGAAGCGUGGAGGAAGCAGUCCUGGAGGCAGAAGUAGACAGAGACCCACAGAGAUGUGGGAGCAUCUGUAUCGCUCUACUACCCCCAACAAUGUCCCAUUUUCCCCCCUUACACCUCCACUAACCCCCAGCAAGAUGCCUCGCUUUGCCUACCCGGCCGUCCCACCCAAGACCAAACACUUCCAGUCCCUUAACCGCCUCUAUCAGCCUCCGCAUCAGCCUCAGCAUCAGCCUCAGCCUCCGCAUCAGCCUCAGCAUCAGCCUCAGCAUCAGCACCAGCCUCAGCACCAUCCUCAGCACCAGCCACCCUCCUCCUCUUCAUCUCCGUCUCCGCAGCCGUCCCCCACGCAGAAGGCCUUCAGUUACCUCCACGCUCAGACAGGAGGAGUCAGCGGGGCUCCAUGGGUGCUCUCCAAACCUCUGCCUGGAGCCGUCUCUGUGCUGUGCCCCCUGCCUGCACAGGGUCAAGCUGGUGAAGCCCAGAGAGGCCCUUACAAAAAGCGCGCCCAAAGCCUGACUCGCUACGCUUUGUCCGAUGGCGAGCCGGACGAAGACGACGACUUCGCUCCCCCCUGCUCCUCUGCUUCCUCUGCCGCCAUGCCCUCCUAUGCCACGCUGUCACGCAGGCCGGGACGCGGGCACACAAGCGCCACAGGGACCCAACGCCACAUCAACCGCAGCCACUCGUUCGCCGUGCGAUCCCGACGCAAAGGCCCACCCCCGCCCCCACCCAAGAGGAUGAGCUCUGUAAGCGGCAGCCCGGCACACCAUCCAGGAAACGGGAAAGUGGAGGAGCCAGAGGUGGAGGCAGGGGUGGAGACGGAGGGCACAGCUAGCGUGAGGAGCAUCGCAGCCAGACUCGAGGGAAGCUGCAGCAGUCCAUCCAGGAGGACCGACAUACCACCAACUCAUAUACCACUUUCACCUGUUUUCAUCCCUGUUUCCUCCCCGAAUCCACAUGGGAUGACUCCUCACAUCAUCCUACAGCACAAGCCUGUGCCUGCUCUGGGCCUGGACGGCCUGAGGAGGUCAGACAUAGAGACUAACGGACAAAGAGGUGGCGACACACAGGGAACACUUGGAGAGAAAGCCAGGAAAAGUGAAAGAAUAUCAAAGAGUGCUGCUUCAUCUCCACAGCACAGCUCCGGUGAUCACCUCCCUUUUGCUGAAGAAGGCAACCUCACUAUCAAACAGCGGCCCAGGAUAGCUGUCAUCACCUGCGCAGACGCUGAAGUCAAGACCCCCAACACCCUGGAGCUCCCAGAGUUCAAUCUGAAGGAGUCUGACACGGUGAAAAGACGACACAGACCCAAAGACAAAGACUCGCUGACACCUGAAGAGGCUCCGUCCCCCCACAGAGACUACAACAGUGAUGUCAGGGCGCUGAGCGAUGAUCACCCUCUGAGGCCAGGGAAUGUGUUCCAGAGAGUAGGCUCCAUGGGAAAAGGCCCCAAACCUCCCGUGUGCUCGAAACCUGCCAGUCCUCUCAAACAACUGCCCAACAGCAAACCAACAACCCCCCAGAAAACAGUCUCCUUAGUACAAGCUAGUGCACAAACAGCCAUUCCUAAACUAACCAGCGUUCAGAUUCACACAGUCUCCCCAAAGCUACACACACACACAUGUGUACCCAGCCCCAAACAUGAGAGUCCACAGAAAGCUCCAUCAAAACUCCUUCGGCCCAGAAUGGCCCCCGCAUCACCAGCAGGAAUGAACCACACCAAGGUCCAGAGCAUUGCGUGCUCUGUGCCGUCGUACCCGGCUCCGGCCCCUGCGUACCCCACCUCGGCCCCACCGGGUCAGACAGGGACAGCCCUGGCUGGUCUGGAGGUGCUGGCUCAGAAGAGGCUGGAGCAAACCAGUACGUCACUGGAGGCUGCUCUCAAAGUGGUGGAGAACAAACUGGCCCAGGGGAGCAGUGUGGACAGCGGCAGCAGCAGCACAGUGAAGGCAGCAGGAAAUAUUCUGGACGACAUCAGCAACAUGUUCGAUGACCUGGCUGACCAGCUGGACGCCAUGUUGGAGUGACACCCUGAACUCUGCCUCACUAAGUUCCUUUCUUAGGAGAGCAAUAGACAACAGCCAACAGGAGAUCAAGAUCAAUAAUAUCAAUCAAUAAGAUAGUUAUUUUAUUUAUCAAAAAGUGCACAUUUGAGGAUUUCCUGCACAACUUUUCCUCAUCAUUAUCCAGAUUUUCAACGCGAGCACUUUGCCUCAGGACACACACCUGGGAAUGUUAUUGGAGCAGCAAACAGCAGCUGUGUGUUCAGUAAGUUAUCACUAAAGGGAAUGAGGGUCCAUUUUAUUCACCUGUACAUAUAUCCAUGAGUGUGUGUAGUCGGAUAUCUUUAUACUGAGUAUAUUUAUACGUCUAUAUGUUUGUUUUUUAACUAAUGGAGUUCCUAUUGACUGUUUCACUGUUUCAAACAUUCUCAUGUAUAUUAGCAGAACUGUGUUGUACAUAUUUUAUUGUCUCUAACAUAGGGAAAUAUUGUUUAUUGUAUUUAAAGCAGCAUAUUCCUGAUGAGUUGACAUGUUUUUACCAAAGUCUAUGAACGUCUUCAGGAGCUUCUGUCAGCACAAAGUGAGCAAACAUCGUUUCUUCAGAUGCAUCAGGUGUGACUUGGUAUUUCGAGACAACAGUUUUGAAAGUUUUACAGCUGGCCUCAUGGUGCUAUGAAGACAAUUCACUGCCAGUCUUUCCACAGUGGCACUUAGAGAACAUGUCAGGGAGGUCAGGCUUCUGAGAGAAUAUGUUCAUUGUUGCAAAGUGACAGUGGGAGUCUGUUGGAUUAUAAUCAAUUAAUAAAUGUAUUCAUUACAUGUUCAUUUAAACUAUGCAUUAUAGAACUUAAAGUAUACAAUAAUGUCCUGCUUUCAUUGAACAUGUUACUGUGGAUGUGUUGCAUAUGAUUGGCUGUCCACAUACACAAAGAUUGAUAAACCAGCUGGUAAUGUUUAAAUUAUUGAGUUUAUAGAAGAGACACUUCGUUACAUUUAACGAUCUCUUUUUAUUCACACUGCACAGAUUAAUAAAUCAUCCGACCCCA